UGCACCGUAUCACGUGAGCCCAGCGUCCCGCCCACCAUUCGUGUGACUCGCAAACGCCAUCCCCUCACGUGAUUGGAGGAGGAAGGUGAAGAAGUGACGUCAGGGGUGAGAGGAACCUGGAAAAGCGCAGAGACAGGAGGAGAGGGGCAGGAAGACAGGAUGAGUUCGGGCUGAAGCCGGAGGUGCAGAAUAAAACUGACUGCAGAUCCAUUAGAAGAUGGAUAACUACUUCCAGGCAGCAGUAGUGGAUCUGGAUAAACUGCUUGAUGAUUUUGAACAGAACACAGAUGAGCUGGAAACCUAUCAGCCAUGUGAAGGCCCCUUUAACUCAAACCAAAAGGCACGGUCUUCAGGUGAUUACUACCUGCAGCCAAAUUUCCCACCAGCUGGGAAGCAGUUGUGUGAGAACAACCCCCAACCAUCUCUAUCCUCUGUUUGGCCUGCAGAAAAUGACGCAGAAUGUAAAACUGUAAGCCCCAUUCCACAAAGUGAAAAAAAUAUGACUGGCCCUGAUCUUUUAUCCUGUGUAGAUGGUGGAACGUCCAAUGAAGAUGAAUCCAGUACCGGGAGAAGUAGUGUACCUAUAUGUGACCUUAUCAGUGACACAGGCAGUUUGCUCCAUACUGCAAGUAGUAAUGAGUCCUUGAUUCCUGAUGCUCUGCACUCUAGUGGAAAUGUUGUCUCUGAUCUGGAGUUGCUUUCUGAUGAGGGUUUCUUCGCCAUUCCAUCUUCAGGUGCUGCCACUUCAUCACAACAUGAAAAAGUGAAUAGCGGGGAUAUAGCUCCGGUAAAUUCCAGCUGGCUAUCGAAGAGUGCAACUAACAUGCUUGAUCUAAGCCUUGAAGCCAGAAGUCCAGACAUUCAGGUUGACUCAGAACUUUCCGCUAACUUGGACGAUGCAAGAGAAACGUCCGAUUUUGUUUCCAGCAGUGACUCUAUAAGUAGUACAAGUAGCUCGAGCACUGACGGAUAUGUAAGUGAUGAUCUGUCCUAUGAGGCAUUAACUGAAGAUCACACGGGCCUGGUGUCACACGAGCAUGCGAUGGAAGCAGAACAUAGGUUAAAUUGUGAGCACAUGGUAAUGCCCGCAGCAAGUUCACAAGCCACAAUUGUUGCUAAGCAACAUGCCGACUUUGGAGGUAAAUGUGGAACUUCCAGUGAUAUCGAAAAUAGUCCUAAUGAAUGUCCAUCUUUGGGGAGACCUGAAGAUACAAGUAUGAUUAUGUCAGAGGGCAAUGAUGUAAUGUCUACUCCGAUAUUUGCAUCUGCAGGCAGCGCGCUUGCUCCUAAAGACUCUCUAUGCAGCAACAAUUCAGUCAAUUUAAGGAUGGAAGGCAGUAGUGGUCUGCUAGUUAAAGAUCAGAGUAUGGUGCUAUAUAAUCGCUCUGCAAGCGCAGAGAUUGUAGAAGAUAUACCUGUGACUGUUUCACAAGAUGAUUGUACAAGUGCUGAAACUGUGUCCUUACAACCUGCGUCCCUAUUACCUGUUGCUGUAGCGAAUGUUGUAGCCAGUGAAAUAAAUUUACAGGACAAAGAUUUUCAUCAAAAACCAUCUACUGAAUUGCCUACUGCAGCAAAAAUCCAAGUGGUUCCAUCUACACCAGCGCUUGACCAGAUUUGUAGCAGUGAAUUAGAUGAUGCUGUCUUAUGUGAUUUCAUAAGUCACAAUUUGCUAAAUGACCCUAAUGACCUGUUAGGUGACGCAUACAUUAGUGACUCUGAGCUAGAUGCUUUUCUCAGUGAGGAAGGCGUAACUUUAAAUAAAGAAAAUGCUUUGGGAAUCCUCCCAGGCUGUGAUUUAAGUGAAGCUGAUUCAUGUGGAACUAUCACUUAUGCUCCCAGUGACCGGUUGCAGUCUCAGAAGAUAGAUCAAGACCAAGGAGAAGACAGUGCUGCUUGCAGCACAGAUGAAUCCCAGACUACUGGAUUUUCUGCAAAUUUAGCUCAAAGUCAAGAAAAUCUUCCAGACGCUAAUAUGGUUUCACACAUGGGUGCUAGGCCUAAGCAGCUGUUGUUUCGCCAGCCACCAAAAUCUCUGGCUAUUAAUCAACCAGAAAAACUAAAUAAUAAAGGCCUAGAAAGAAAUCUUGAUGAACAAGCAACUAAAGAAUCCAGUCCCAACAACUUUCCUUCUCAUGGUGAAACACCACCAACUCCUUAUCACAGAAGUUUUUUGCCAAAACCAGUGAAUAUAGAUUCUGAUGAGAGCCCUGAGCUAAGCAUGAAGGAGUCCUUAGGAAGACAAGAGGAUGGGGCCAUUGAAAAUCCUGUUCUUGGCCAGAGACAGCCAGCCUGGAUCCCUGACUCAGAAGCUUCUAACUGCAUGAACUGCAGUAUUCGGUUCACUUUUACUAAGCGGAGACACCAUUGUAGAGCUUGCGGAAAAGUUUUUUGUGCUGUGUGUUGUAGUCAGAAGUGUAAGCUGCAGUACAUGGAUAAAGAAGCCAGAGUGUGUGUGGUGUGCUAUGAUUACAUUACUAAAGUACAGGCUAUUGAGAGGAUGAUGAGCCCAACUGCUCCUAAUCCAAAUCCCAAUGUCCCCUCUAAAUCCUGUUCUACCAUCCCAUCUUUGGUGCAGGCCCAGGCCGCAGGGAUCAAUCCAAAAGAACAAAAGAGAGUGUGGUUUGCUGAUGGCUUAUUACCCAAUGGAGAAGUCGCUGACACAAGCAAACUUGCAGCAGUCGGCAAGAAAAUUUCCCAGGACUCCAGCCCAGUUACUCCAAUAACACCACAUUCUGCCAUGGCUGCUGGGCAUUAUCAAGAUAAUACAAAGCAAUCUGAGGCACCAGAAAAGUUGGAAACGUCUCUUGAAGUGUCAAGUGUGCCGGCAGCUUCCGCUGAAGAAACACCUAGUGCAUUCAAAGUGUCCUCUGCAUCCGACUAUAAAAUGCUGUGUGGGGUUGACAAAUGUGUGAGCCGAGAACAGAGUCUUAUUCCAGAUGAUGAGGGUCUGCCUCCUCUGUUAAUGACAACUGGAGAAAGUGGAGAUGCUGUGGUGGAAAACAGUCCUACGCAUGCAGGGGUCAUGUUGCUGUUAGAGGAAGGUGGACCUAACCCAUUAACAUUCAUCUUAAAUGCAAACCUACUUGUCAAUGUCAAGAUGAUAACUUAUGCUUCCGAAAAAUGCUGGUUCUUCGCAUCUAAUGGAUUACAUGGCUUAGGCCAGGCUGAAAUUGUAGUUCUUCUGACGUGUUUGCCAAACGAAGACACUGUUCCAAAGGAUAUAUUUAAACUUAUGAUGAGCAUUUACAAGGAUGCACACAAAGGAAAAUAUAUAGGUCAUUUGGAAAAUAUUACAUUUACUGAAAGUUUCCUGGGUAGCAAGGACCAUGGCGGAUUCCUGUUUUUUGCACCUACCUUUCAGGAUCUCAGUGGAUUACCUGUACCAAAUAAUCCAUUCUUGUGUGGUGUUAUCAUCCAGAAGAUGGAGGUUCCUUGGGCAAAAGUUUUUCCUAUGCGUUUAAUGUUGAGAUUGGGAGCAGAAUAUAAUGUUUAUCCUUGUCCUAUAACAAGCCACAGAUAUCGAAAAUCUGUAUUUGGGGAGAUAGGACACACUAUCAUUAACUUAUUAACGGACCUUAGAAAUUACCAGUAUACAAUACCGCAUGUAGAUGGUUUGGUAAUUCACAUGGAAAUGGGAAAAAGCUACAUUAAGAUACCUUCAAAGCGACAUAAUGAGAUACUUAAAGUAAUUCAUUCUUGCAAUGAACACGUCAUAAGCAUUGGUGCCAGCUUCAGUGCCCAGGCGGACUCCCACCUGGUCUGUGUACAGAACAGCGAUGGAAUUUAUCAGACACAGGCCAACAGUGCUACCGGGCUGCCCAGGCAAGUUACUGGAGCAAGUUUUGUUGUUUUCAAUGGUGCCCUAAAGACUUCAUCUGGAUUCCAUGCCAAGUCCAGCAUAGUAGAAGAUGGGAUGAUGGUACAGAUAACUCAGGAGAUCAUGGAAGCCUUACGGCAAGCUCUGAGGGACAAGAAGGACUUUAGGAUAGCAUGUGGAAAGAUAGAUUCAGGAGACUCGUCUGAAGAAGUGACAAUUUGUUGGGUAGAACCAGAAGACAAGCAAAAUAAAGGGAUCAUAAGCCCUAUUGAUGGGCAGUCGAUGGAAGGAAUUCCAAGUGAAAGGAUUUGUCAGGAAACUGAUUUUGAAUCUCAUGAUAAAACUGUGAAAUGCACAGAGGUGUUUUAUCUUCUUCGAGAUCGUGAACCAGCCAGUGCAACCGCUCACUUUCAGUUUGCUAAAGAAAUGGCUACGGCUUGUGGAGCUGCCUUAUGUCCGCAUAUUAAAACUUUAAAGAACAGUGGAAUGAACAAGAUAGGACUGCGCGUCUCCAUGGAUAUUGACAUGGUGGAGUAUCUGGCAGGAUCGGGGGGACAGCCUCUCCCACAACUCUACUUGAAUGACCUAGAUAGUGCCCUGAUCCCAGUCAUUCACAACAGGACAUCAGACACCAGCAUUUUACCUCUGGUGAUGGAACUGAUCUUUCACUUGAUAGAGAGCCUCAGUUAGUGUGCGCCUCCACUGCUCAGUGGUAUCUGCAUGGGGGCUGGCACAGUCACUGAAAAUUUGGUAAAAUAAUCAAUCAACAGAUUUAUGAAAGUAAAUGCUUAUAGACAGAUUAUUAUAUUCUUUUAUGCAAACCAGCUGCUGUCUUGUACUUAAGCCAAGCUUUGACAUUUGUAUAGAACUCCCACCGUGGAGCAUGCAGUGUAAAUGAUCAGUGCAAGUUCUUCCCCGUACAGUUUGCUUAUAUGGGCAGAAAUGUUAUUGAAAGCUUACAGAUGGUGCAUUCACUAUAUUAACAUAACAUGCAGGCGUUGAGUUCUUGCCUGGGAUUUGGUGUUUGAAGCCUCAUUUGAUCCAGCAGCGGUCUCCUGCACGCUUUCUGCACUGGCUUGAAUCAAAUUCACAGGGGAGGGAUAUACAUACCACUGUGUAAGUCCCAUUCACAUACAUUGGGAGGUUCACAGGACAUUGACAUAUAUAAUGCCAAGAAUGAGUUAACUGUAAUCAAAGUGAGAGAUGGGCAAUAAACCAUGAAUGGCUUUAAAUGUAGUAUUAGGUGUUGCUUACUAUGUUUUGGGUGGAGAUACCGUAUUCCUUAUUGGGAAAGCUAAAUACAGUAGUUGCACUUAGGUAAAAUGAUAUAAGCUGGAGUCCAGAAUUAAAUGGUUAUCAGUGCACUGACUGUCAGGGGGUUUAAACAUGUAUAUGUUAAGAAUAUGUAACCUGUGUAUAUUAGAUCAGGAGACUCUUGCUGUACCCACCAUAUCGUCACCGGCACGGCACACUUGGUGUACUGACCAUUAUUUGUGAUAAAUGCAUAUCCAUUCAUGAGCACUGAAAUGUACUAGACUCUGAAGGACACUUGGUUCAGUGUUCGACACGCUGAUUUAAAAACACUACAGUGGCACGGGCCACAUUGUGCUAAUUAUCCUACAUAAAAUAUAAUACAGGUCUGUAAGGUAUAUUCUGUGUAAAGCCUGUAGUAUGGCAUGACACGCAGUGCUUAGGUGGUCAUUCCGAGUUGUUCGCUAGCAGAUUUCGUUCGCAGCGCAGCGAUCUGCCAAAAAACGGCACUUUUGCGCAUGCGGCGCAAUGCGCACGCACUUCGUACUAUUACAACGAACGAUGUAGUUUCACACAAGGUAUAGCGAAGCUUUUCUGUCGCACUGCUGGCUGCAGAGUGAUUGACAGGAAGAGGGCGUUUCUGGGUGCCAACUGACCGUUUUCAGGGAGUGUUUGAAAAAACGCAGGCGUGCCAGCAAAAAUGCAGGCGUGGCUGGGCGAACGCAGGGCGUGUUCGUAACGUCAAAACAGGAACUGAACAGUCUGAAGUCAUCGCAAGCGCGGAGUAGGUCUGAAGCUACUCUGAAACUGAACAUUAUUUUUUUGUAGCCGCUGUGCGAUCCUUUCGUUCGCACUUCUGCUAAGCUAAAAUACACUCCCAGUGGGUGGUGGCAUAGCGUUUGCACGGCUGCUAAAAACUGCUAGCAAGCGAACAACUCGGAAAGACCACCUUAGUCAGUGACCAGUUGAGGAGAUUUGCCAUUGUAGUGCGGGCUCAUACAACACUCUGGUGCAGUUUUUAGUAUGAAGUAAUACUAGUAUGUAAUAUUGACUUUAUACAUUUAAUAUGAAAACCCGUUCUGACCUUGUUAUUAUUAUACGGCUGCAUCAGUUUCAUGCACCAAAAAAGCUGGGCAGGUAAGUCUGGUUCAGGUUGAAGUUUUGUUUUCUCUCCAGUUAGAACUAGUAAAAGUGUUGUGUGUUGUAUAUAUUAAUCCAAGCCUAAAAUUCUAUUCUGGUUCUAGAUCUGACUGACGUAAGCUCUCCUAGACCACUCAUCUGAUGUGUAUAUUAUGUAUUUUGAUUUCUUUUUAGUCUUGGCAUGUAUGCUUUAGAAACAACCUCUGUAGAAUGGUAGUGUUCUUUUUAAUAACUUUAUAUCCAGAAAAGCUAUAUUUAGAUACAAUAUUGAAGUAUGACAUAGAUGACAAGUUACUUUGUAUAUUUAUAAUUAAGCAAUAAUUUGGAAAAUGCACACAUAUAUUUUUCUAUGACUUUAAAUUUCAUUACAUAAUGUAUCUAGUUUAAUCUUAUCUGUAAGAUAUACUGUAUAAUAAAAUAUUCCAUAUGCAAACAGUCUGUAGGAGAUAUGGGAGUGGAUAUACAGACGUAGCAUUUCCACACACAGACACAUGUUGUUUUUCGGGUGUGUGCAGUACAUGCCCUUCUAUAACCUACUAAAUGCACUCAGUUAGCUUUCUGAAGUCCUGUGCUUGUGCAUGUGAGUUUUCUUAUGUUGGAAAACACUUUUUAACAUUGACCUGGGCGACAUGUGUCUCUCCAGGAGUCCCAGCUAUCGACUAUUUGACUUGUAGUUUCACAACUGCUGUCCAGGCCUGCAUUACUGCCUGUAUUGUGCAUGGUUUAUAUUUGCCUUACAUAUACGCUAUAUAUAACUAGUAUGAAGCUCCAUGAAUGAUAAUACAUAUUGCGUCUGUGUGGAGUAGCUGUGUAACUAUGUAGCUGAGUUCUACAUAUCUGACAUCAACUGAUGAGAUUUGCACACACACAAUAGUGAGCUGUCCCAAAAUUCACAACCGCACAAGUUAUCUGUUCAUUAUAAACCAAUGCUAUCAUUGAGGCACAAAGUGACAUUGUGUGUUAAAACCAUGUAUAAUAUAAUUUUACUUACUAUUAGACAGGAUAAUGCUUUGUCCAUGUUUACCUGAUGUAUUUCAUUCUAGAUGAUUAAUGAGUGUGUUGGCAUGUAACUGUUCCAGUAGCUCUGUAUCCACAUUUGCUCUGAUGUUUUCGGUGUCAGGUAAUUUGAGCUGUGCAGAGCAAACUUGCUAAUGUAACACACAACUUUAGUGGCAGAACUAAUGCAGGAGUUCCCAAGGAAUGUAACUAGUGCCUAGGACAGUGGUUUCCAAACUUUUUUGAAUCAGGGUGCCCUAGAAUAUCAGAAUUUUUUUCACGGCACCCCUAGGCCAAAAAUUUCUUCUUGAGAAAUUUAGAAAGAAAUAUUACAUUAAGUAGAUUGCGUUUAUAUGUCAUCCUUAGGGUCAGUUAUGUGGUGAGGGACAGGAUUUGCUUCUGGUUGUCCACAUAUUUUAGAUUGACAGCCACCAGCACUGGUUUUGACCAUGAAUAAUUUGAAUUGGUCCUGGACCACCAACCCAGGGCACCCCUGCAAGUGUCCCGAGGCACCCCAAGGAGCCACGGUACACAGUUUGGGAACCUCUGGCCUAGGGAAUUGAUAAGGCAGAAUACUGGCUUAGGGGGUCCAUACAUUAGGGGAGCAAUUCCCUGUUCUCCUGAUACCUGGAAAACCAACAUGUUGGAAAUUCUUGGUUCGUUAAUUACGGUUAUAAGUGACCGGAAUCGGUGUGUCAGGGAUUUUUUACAUGCUGUUUUUUGCCGAUUCCCCAAGGGAUCACCAGUUAUCAUUGUUCAGCAUCUGCAGAAUGGGGAAUCGAGCCAUAGAUAGAUGUGUGUCCUGCAUUAGCCCCCGCAAGGGCUGUUCUCAUUUUGUCCAGGUGACCAGUACAUAUUAAACCCUUUUGUGAAUUGUGCUUCAUACUUACAGACGCAAUAUUUUAUCAAAAUUCAUGUUUGCUUCUUGUGUUACUAGAAGUAUACAACAGUGAACGGUUAUCGGCUCAAUCUUGCUUUUACACUUCCCCUGUUGGCGUUACACCAGAUCACAUGACCAUCAUUUUAGGAGUUAUUGUACAAGAGACUUAACGGCUGUGUUAGGGGAAUGUGGAAUCUUGAGGGGGCAAUUAAAAAAUUUUUUGUGCAUCCAAAGUAAUGGGCACCAGUCAGAGCAAUUCAAUUGUUCCAAUCGGGCGCCCAUUACUUCUUAAACACCCAAAAGCACAGGGUUUAGCUGCACUAAGCGGCUAAUCCAGACUAAAAUAGUGCCCGUAAUGCGAAAAACUUCAUUUCGGUGCCUAAACAGGAUACUUUGCACAUUUGUGAUCGCCACCUCAGGAUGCCUCAAGCUGAAAUGUCAGCACUGGCAUUGACUGUGCCCGAUCAACAGAACAAUUGAAUUGCUGACAUCAGGUGCCACCUAGAUACCAGCGCCUAAAAAAAAUUGAAUAGUCUCCUUGGUGCCUGCAUUCCAAUAAUGUGGAAAGGUGAUGCCUGCAUGCUAAUUGUUCCGUGGGUUCUGUAUAUAGAGACAAUUGAACUUGGGAUAAUUUAUUUUACUAUUCUGUAUGUAAAAAAAUUAAUAAAAAAAUGUAUGCAAGCGAACAGCUUUUUAUAUUUUACUUUCAGAUGAUAAUUCUCUAAAUAUUAUGAUUGUAGGUGCUGUAUUAUAUUACAGGAAAAAAACAAUUUAUUUGUUUUUUUCUAAUAAGGUAUAUAUGAUUUUCUCUAUGAUGAAAUUGUAUGUUGAUUGAUAUAAGCAGCAUGUAUAUUGCUUCAUUUUAUUAUUCCUUAUUCUUUUGGCAUAUUUGAGGUAAUGUAAUUUUUUUUUCUCUGGGGCCGAUCCAGCUAUCUGCGAGUAAGUAUGCCUAUAGGCCGCACAUGAGGUGCCGUUGCUGGCCUUCCAACUGCAUUGUAACGUCACUUUGCGGGGUUUGCACCUAAUUUAAUCGACCCCUAGCGUUCUACUUAAGUGUUUAAUUUGCCCACCACAUAAUGAUGGCAGGAAACAAAUUGUUGUAUUGGCAAACUCGGUUAUAGGGGUUCCCAUGUUGCCUGACCUAGAACGGACACUAAUAAAACACAUUAUGAGGCGGAACCUUUUUGGAAAGCAGAACUCGUGCUUUUCCAGAAGUGAUGAAACCACAUUGAUAUCCUACGUUACCAGUAGUGAGCACUUUCUGUAGCUUUUCCUUAUUUAUAUUACGCUAGAUGUCUGUGAACCUGGUCCAAUGAAAGGGCUCUAAAUGUAUCAUCGGCAUGCUCUGAUGUUUUCCUGUGCAGAUUAUAUACUGAUAAUGCUUCACAUGCCUUUUCCCAACACAAGGGAUUAUUUGCAGUCUUUCGCUCUGCACCUCCUCCCACACCCAGAGGUGCAGAGUCUGUGGUAAGAAACUGGACGUCCCCUUAUGGGACUUCCGAUGGGCCACAUCUUGAGUCUCCAGUAAUGCUACAGCCUAAGCAGGAACCAUGGGGUUGGCCAUAAUCAGCCUGCUGAAAGGAGAUAGUGGUGCAGAAAGCCUUAUAUGUCUGUAUUUGCUAUGUCUUUGUGAGUCUGUGUAUUUGUGAAUCAGUCUAGGUGUCUGUGUUAUUUUUUUUUUCUUCCUUCAUCCAUCUGGGGGACACUGCACACUUACUGAUGGGUUAGAGUGUGUGGGAAGGGAGUUUGGCAUAGAAGCUAUAGAAAACUAACUCCUCCCCCCUCUAACCCUUCCCAUCUGCAUCCUAUUCAAGAAUUACCUCGGUUUUAGUUUUGUGCCUGAGGAGAACAGGCAUAUAGUUUUUAGCUAGGUUUCUUUUGUUUUGAUUUCGGUUUUAUUACAUAGUUAGUCCCUGUGUACGAGUGACAAGUAUGGUAGGAGUGGGGUUAGCUAGAUCUCCCUCGGUACAGAUCACGAACUAAGGGUCCUCAGGCAGCGCUGAUCGAUGCCUUGACAGCUCCAUUGCGGUUUCAGCUGGGAUAUGUGUUCCCAACAAUUCCUCUAAUCCCACGGCUACUUCAGCGCAUCCGGAGAGAAGGUCUGCCAGUCUUUCUUCUAACUCCAGACUGGCCUCGUUGCCAGCGGUACACUUCUGCGCUGCAUGGUGACCGAGGAACCGUUCCAUCUACCACUGAAAUCAGAUCUUCUACAAGGACCUUGUUGCCACCACAAUUUAAAUCAUCUGGCUUUGACAGCAUGAUUCUUGAAUCCAGUAUUCGAAGAGCUAAAGGUUGAUCUUGGCCGGUGGUGAGAACUAUGCUCCAAGCUAGGAAACCAUUCACUUCUCGAAUUUAUCACAGAGUGUGAUGUGUCUACAUUGCUUGGAGUGAGUAACGUGGGUUGUCGGCUAACCUCUUUGGCUUACCUUGUAGGAUGGUCUGACUAAAGGACUUUAUCUUUCUUCCCUUAAAGGGCAAGUUUUGGCCUUGUCGGUGCUUUUUCAAAAAAGAUUGGCUCUUAUUCCGGAGGUCCAGAUGUUCCUUCAGGUGGUGCUCAGGUUUCAACCUCUGUUUGUUCCUCCGGUUCCCCCUUGGUAUUUAAAUAGUUCUUAAGGCUCUUCAGAAGGCUCCGUUUGAACCACUGGAAUCUGUAGAAUUGUGCUUCCUUACUCUUAAGGUGGUCUUUCUUUUGCCCAUUGAAACACAUCUAGCUGAAGCAGAGUUAGCGGUGCUUUCUUGCAGGCCGCCUUUGUUGGUUUUUUCAUGAUGGUCAAGCGGUCUUGCAUAGGAAGCCUUCCUUCUUGCCAAAGGUUGUGUUGGUUUUCCACCUGAAUCAAGACAUUGUAUUUCCGGUGUUUGUUCCGAAUUCUUCCAGAGAGGAUAGUCAUUUGGCAUUAUUGGACGUUGUUAGGGCCUUACGCAUUUAUUUGUCUAGUACGGAGUCUAGUCGCUGUACAGAUACCUUGUUGAUUUUGAUAGACACACCCAAAUGUGACUGGCCUGGCCUCUAAGAACAGUGUGGCUCGUUGGGUGACCUCUGCUAUUCGACAGGCCUAUGUAUCCUCUGUUCCCGUUCCUGAGGGCUCAUUCGACUAGUGCGGUUGGAGCCUCCUGGGCUGUUCGUGGAGGUGCAUAUGUCGAGCAGCUGUGUAGAGCGGCGACCUGGUCAUCCGUGCAUACUUUAACAAAGUUCUACCGUUUUCAUACUUUUGGAUUGGAGACUGCUUCUGUUGGGGCGUCAAAUUUUACAGACAGCUAUGCCGACUGGUUCUCCCUCCUCUAAUUAGCUUGCUUUGGGAAAUCCCAUCAGUGAGUGUGCAGCGUCUACCAGAUGGAUGAAAGAGAAGUAUGGAUUUUUGUUUACUUACCGUAAAAUCUCUCCCUGAUUUCAUCUGGGGGAUGCUGCGAUCCCUCACGUAUUUUUGUCUAGUUUAUUGGUUAUGGUCUGUUCUCUCUUUAGGCUUUGCUAAACGUUAACUGAGGUAAUUCUUGAACAGGCUGGAGAUGGGAGGGGUUAGAGUGGGGAGGAGUUAGUUUUCUAUAGGUUCUGUCCCAUACUCCCUUCCCACACACUAACCCAUCAGUAAGUGCGCAGCGUCCCCCAGAUGGAAUCAGAGAAAGAUAGAUAUUUUACGGUAAGUAAACAAAAAUACCUAUUAUUAUUUUUUGUGGGUAUUUUUUUUUUAACAGACUUAUUAUAAAGACUAUUAUACCCCCUUUUGUUGAUACUAGAAGUUACUUUGGUUAUUGCAUGCCCUGUUUGAAAACAUUGGGUCUCCAUCUCAUGCUUUGUCCCCAAACUACUUGGUAUCUUCCAAUAUAAGUUACAGGAAGGGUACAUUCUCUCUCACUAAGAUUUGGAUAUUGCCUGUGAAAAUACAUGUAUACCAUACUUAUAUGCCCCUUGACAUUUAGAUUAACUAAGGUCAAGCAAAGUGGUUGCCUGCGCAGUGUCAGAUUCUGAGCACUAUUUAUCCAAAAUGUCCCUAUUGUGUUUAUAAUGGACACCAUGGGGGUAGGAAACAGAAUUUUAAUUUGUUGUGCGUGAAGAUGCUGCAUGUACCAAAGACACCCUAUAAGCAUGACUCAUUGGGAUCAAUGAUUCUACAUGUAAUUUUGCUAUAUGAACACAACCUGCGAUUUGAACACGACUCUAUGCUAUUUGAACUAAAAAGAUCAAAUAGCAUGCGAGAAUCGUAGCGUGCGUGGACACCAUUACUAUAGCAUAAAACUGAUUCGUACAGCAUAUCAGGGAUAUCCGUUUUAUUAAAGCUCAGGAUUUUCAUAACAUAAACAUCUUUUGUGAGAGAUUUGCUGGAGUUGCAAAGAUGCAAAGCAGUUCUGAAGCGCUGAUAAAUGUUAAUGCAGAGCUGCAGGCCUAUUGUGGGGUGUAUAUCGGGUCACCAUACCGACGCCAGGAUCCUGGCAUUGAGAUGUUCGGCGUGGGGAGGGGGGGAGCAACAAAGCCCCUUGUGGGCUCGGUGCCACAGGUUCUAUUUCCACUCUGGAUGUCGUGGACACCCAUGCGUGGGAAUAGUUCCUGUUAGUCGGCAUGUCGACUGUCAGGAUUGUGGUUGGGCAGGAUGUAGGUGCCGGCAUUGUGACCGGCGGUCUCCUGACCACGGUCACAUAACUACAUGCCCUAUUGUGAAGUGUUAUCCGAAGAUACAAGAACCUGCACUUCUCAAACUAAUUUGCGUUUCUCAUCUUAAUCACAUUAUUGUGUGAAAUGGUUUUCUUUUUCCAAAAUGUUUUAUGCAAUUUUUUUGUAUUUUGGGACAUCUGCUGCAUUAUUAUAAAUCUCUCUUCAGGCUUUGAUUAAUCAUACAUAAAUGAUAAAACUUUGAAUUAACAUAUUUUUUGUAUUGCUUAGUCUCCGUUUUAGUGACUGUCAUCUCAAAUAAACAUAACAAAAUUCUCUAUGCUAGGGUCCAUAAGGUCUUUAAUCAUAUAACUCUCUAAAGUACUGUUGAUGUAACCCUGUGUCUCUUUAUUCAUUUAUGUGAGAGAGAUACUGUACUUUUAAAUGAAAUCUUACACAUGCCCACUCUGUAUGUGACUAUCCCCUGUACAUUGCAGAAGAGGGGGAACAAUAUUAUUCCAUUGGGGUUUUUCUUUCUGUAGCCUUUGUCUUCUGAUUUUUGAAAAAUUUGUAAUGUCUAAUUGAGUGUACAAUAAAGCAAUUUGUAUUUAAUAAAGUUUGUAUUUAAUAAAGUAUGUUAUUCAAACCAA